CACGUGGUCAAUAUGGCGGAUGAAGGAGUUCUUCAAUUUUGUACGCAGGAUCACGCAGGAAAGUGAUUUGUCAGAUUAAGCGUUUUGUCCAUUUUGACAACCUAAAUUGUAGGUAUAGACAUUACAGUUAUCUCUCUCAUAAACAUGGCUAAGACGAGGAAAAGAUCAGAGAAGGAGAAAUCCUCCAAGAAGUCAAACAGCAGCAUGAAUCCAGGUAUAAAAGCUCCACGUUAAUAAGUUGCUAUCCUCGCUUCAGUGAAGUAAAAUUUAUAGUUUCAAUAAUUUUAAGGCAGUGAAUGUCUCACUCUUGCAAAUAGCCAAGCAAGAUAAGAAAGCAGAGACGUAAUGGGGGCCUAACUACUCGGUUACGCUUUAUAAACAUGACAGUCGCUGUUUUAAACCGAGAAAUCUUCGCCGAUCAUUUUUAACUUUUAAGCUUAAUUUCCUACUUGUCAUGAAAAUUUGUAGACCGUCCAAAACCAGCAGGAGGAUCGAACAUGCGAGACAAGGCAACAAUAAACAGACUGAAGAUGUACAAAUCAGGGGGAAAGGCAAUAAGGUGUGAUAAUUAAGGUGUUGAUUGUGCAUUGGUUUAGUAUUCUUAGUUUGCAACCUCGUGACAAGAGGCCUUGUUGGUUGUCAGUACCAUAAACCUUUUGUCCAAGAUCUUACAUGAAAACUGAGUUUAGUUCCCAACCACUAACAUGGACAUCAUGAUGGCAUGUGCAAACCAGCAACAAAAUGUUUAUGGCUCCCUCAAUUCCGAGAGCACCCAUCAACACUCAUCCUCUUCCCCACCCUCCCCCUCAGGAAUUUUCCAGACAUUUGGGUUUCCUUUUUUUCAUUAAUAAUUGCAACCCCAUGGUGGGUUCAGCUCAUACAUUCAAAUCCCUAGUGUGGGGCUUCUGGAAGAGUGCAAAACUCAGUGGAAAAACUGAAGUGCUUAACCUUGUUCAGAGUUAGUCAUGAUCACUGUAUUCGAUAAUAUGCCAUGUAGAACUAAACAGUGGACACAACAAACAAGUUCACAUGUACCAGCUCAAAUUUACUUACUGUAUUUAUUCGAAUAAGCGCCCAACCUCGAAUAAGCGCCCACCUCGAAUAAGUGCCCAUUCUAAAGGCAGAAAAAGUUAAUAAGCGCCCAGCCUCGAAUAAGCACCCACUCCCUCCUCCUCCCAAUCAAACCCAAAUAAGUGCUCACCCCCACCCCACCCACUUGAGUGAAUAAAUUCUGAUAAGAGACUUUCCCGAGGACGAAGUUUUCUUCAGAGUAUUUUACAGAAACCUUGCUUUGUUAUAUUUUACUUUGUCGCAUUUUGUUAUUAGCAUUUAUUGUUUUGUUGCAAAAAACAUACUUCACUGCUGAAAAUGGUGAAAAUUUAAUAAGCGCCCACCUCGAAUAAGCGCCCACUCUCAAGGUCCAAAAAUUUAAUAAGCGCCCAGGCAGUUAAUCGAAUAAAAAUUAAUACGGUAUAAUUCUUUGUUUCAUUUUAUAAUACAGUCAUGAACUGAGUUCUCAAAAACUCCUCAAGACAGCAUAAUAGUUUACUAAUACUGAUCCUUUUCACUAAAUUUAGUGUAUAUUCAAUUGCUUGAAAAUGAUGGCAUGGAGACAAUAUCAAUCACUCUUUUAUUAAAGAACAAGGUGAUCCAACUACUAAGAAUAAGAUGAUGCUAUAUUACAGUCAUAAUAUCCUUGAAACUCAGUCAUAAUAUCCUUGAAACUCAGCCAGUUGGUUUUGGUCAAUAGUUUCUGAUUAAUACAAACUAAUUCCUGUUUAAAUAUAUGUAAUAAUUGUCUUAUUUAAUUUUUUAAUAUUUUGUUUUUUAGAAAUAAGCAGGGGAAAAUAGUGAAACCAGCGCCUUUCCAGAACUCAGCCGUCUCAGGAGAGGUUGCAAGGGUUGCUCCAAAUAGAAAGUGGUUUGGUAAGUUCAUCACCCUUAAAUUAUCCAUACAUCAUAAACAACCUUAAUUAACAGCCCAGAACUGUUGUGUGUGUGAAUUAUCAUUAAUUUUCUUAUACCACUUCUGAAGUCAUUAUUUAAUUAAUGGUAAGAACUGUAAAAGAGCUCAAUGAUGUACAAGGCCAGUGCGUGGGGUACUCUGGAUUUCGAUGACGGGGAUGACCAAAGGAUUUUUGGGGGUUUGAAAUUUUUGAUUGCAGGAUUUUUUCGGUAGGAAAAUUUGGCAAGUAUGUUUUUGGGUGGCUGGAUUUAAUUAGGCAUUUUUUUUGUUAUUCCAAAACAAUCUGAAGAUUCACGGUAUUGCUGCUUAUGCUAGAUGCAUAGUUCUGCAAAUAAGGUAUCACCAAACUUUUCUUUUUAUACAACUUGUUUAACCCUUUCUGGAAAUUUUUAAGGUUUGGAAAUUUGGCAUUUUAAAGUUUGGAAAUUUGGGGGUUAAUUUUUCAGUGAUUUCUUUGGGUUUUGUUGGAAGCCUUAGGGAUUAUUUUGGGUUUUGAUUUUUGCCCUGAUUCGAUCAUCCUCAUCACUUGAGAUCUGGAGUACCCCCCUGGCAAAAAAUGAUUUAAUUUCACUUCUGAUCUUGGCUAUUACAAAUUCAGUUUUAUUCCCAAAAAAACGCCCCAGAAAUAUUUCCAAAUUUCGGCUAUUUAAUACUUAUCUUGGCUAUUACACGGUUUUAUUCAACCCAAACGUCCAAAUUUAGCAAACGUCCCAAAAACAACGUCCCAAAACUACCAGGCGUUUUUAGAUGAACGUUGCGAAAAACUGGGCACUAACCAUAAUGUUAAUAGUUUUAACAUUCGCUCAUUUCUCGAGCGAACUGUUGUUGAAAGAGCAAAUGAUUAUCCCUGCUAAAAAAACGUUCACCACCGCUGGUCAUAUCGACGCAAAAUUGAUCGAUUUUAGCGAAAUUUGCCAAAAAAAUGAAAAACCCAGCGAAAUCGGCUGUCUUUUACUGAUUGUUUGUUGGCGAAGUUUCCCCCCGAAAUUUCCCGUGAAAUCGGCCGAUUUUCCUAAGAAUUUGCCCCCGAAAAUCCUUCGAAAAUUGACUUUUUUCCGCACUAAUCCCGCGAAAUGGGCCGAUUUUUCGGCGAAUUUUGACUUUUCUCCCACGAAAAUCUCCCGAAAUCGGCCGAAAUUUCCGCGAAUUUUGACUUUUUUCCCGCAAAAAUGCCGCGAAAUCGGUCGAUUUUUCCGUGAAUUUGCCCCCGAAAAUCCCGCGAAAUUUUGCUUUUUUUUCCGCGAAAUAUCAGAAGGCCUGAUAUUCAGUAUGAGAAGGGAAAGCUUUUGAAUCAUCAUACAUAUUCAGAUUAUGAAGGAAUGACAUAUCAGAUACUCUAACAUGUCCCCUGUAGGUUUAAAAUAGUGGCUUAAAAUUAGUUGGGUGGUGUAGCCUAAUAUAUUAUUUUUUUAAAUAAUUCUAUUUUAUUUUCAUUCUCAAGCUCUAAAAUUAAAAGUUGUCACUUUAUUUGAACAACAGGGAACACAAGAGUGAUAUCACAAAAUGCAUUACAGUCAUUUCAAGAUGAAAUGGGCAAAGUGCUUAAUGAUCCAUACAAGGUACACAGUAGGUCAUCAUUUUUUUGCCUGAUUCUCAACCCAACUAGAUGAACUAUUAAUUUCUAGAAUAUUGAAUUAUAAAGUUUAUUUUUAGUCAGAGAAAAAUAGUAAAUAUAUUCAAACUUAUCAAAUGGGAAAGCAGCAUAUAAACUGUUUUCACGAGGAAGAUCCUAGUACUGGUGACAAACUACACAAAAUACCCACAAAAAUCCCAAAUUUGGAAGAGUGAGACAAGUCCCAAUCAGGGAACUUGGUUGGAAUUCCCUGGUUGGGUCUUUUCUCACUUUGCCAGAUUUGGGAUUUUUAUGGGUAUUCUUUAAAUACCCUAAAAUAUCCAGAAAUGGGAAUCCGUUAUUUUCUCCUGUGAUCAUUCAGUGGGUUUAAGCUUUGAUCUUUAAUUCCUUCUUUACUGUUAACCACACUGACCAAAACUUGUGCAUGUAUACCCAAUGAACAGUUGAUCCACCUAGCUUCUAGGAUCUUCCUGGUGUUAGGAUCUUCCUUCCUCCAUAUAAACAGCCUCUAAGAAUCUGAGUAGCUCUCCCUCAUCCAAAAAUUGAACAUAAUUAUUGAAAUUUUACGUAUCUUAAUUCAUCCUUGAAUUUUAUAACCAAAUUUUACAUAUACAUGUGUUUUAUUUGGUAACAGGUUGUAAUGAGGCAAAGUAAACUUCCAUUGUCUCUUCUAAAUGACCGGUCCCAGUCAGCAAGGGUUCACAUAUUGGAUACAGAAGGGUUUGAAACAACAUUUGGACCAAAAGCACAGCGUAAAAGACCAAAUCUCAAGGCUGGUGACAUGCAGGUGCGAAGUUAACACAUUAAAUUUACAAGUUACAGUGUUGUUAUUAUGAGGAAAAUUCCCUUGAAAAUUAUGUAAUGUACCCAUGCACAUUAUUACAGUACCACUCAAAAUUACUAGUCUCUCUUUUCUCGCAAGACAAAGACAAGUGUCUCAUUAAUAUCAUGAGACUAGUGUCUCAUCUUGAGAGAAGAAAGUCUUGUCUUGUGAAAAUCACUGAAGCAGCAAUGGUGGAAUAAAUUAUGAGAGAAGCUCAAUAUCUCUAUAAGUUUGAUCGGAAAAGCCAUGCAUAGAAGAUUUAGAAUAAUUUUCUGUUGUUAGGAGUUAAAAUGCAAAAAAUUUCCUGGGCAGAGCCUGCUCAUGAACCCCACUAGAAGCUUGCGACUUUGGCCUUCGUUUUGGAAAUCAGUCAGUAUUUAUAUUCUAGAUCCACGUCUGGUGCAGGUAACUUACAACUUGGCACAAAAAUAUUGAUACCCCCAUAUAGAUAGGAAAUUCAAAACUACAAUUAAAACAAUGGGGGUACCUUCUCUUGCUAUUUUCCCCUCAUGCCUGCCCUAUUGGAUGGCCACAUGUACAUCAGGUCAAGUUUCAUGUCGCUCAACUGGAUACAAUGUAUUUAACCAUACUUGGAAUAUCAUCCGAUUCUUUUGUAAGUGCUGACAGUUCGCUGAUUGAUGAUGAGCAUUAUUUAUUAUUUCAAAGAAUCAAAUACUUAGUUUAAUAACUUCUUGCUCAAUGUGUGACCGACUUCUUUUUACCACUCCACCUGACUGAUAUAACCCUCUUUUCAGAGUUUUAUGGAAGCAGCCCUGUUAUCUUCAGGUACUGUAUAAAUGUUUUUUUUUUAACAAAAAACGUUUUAGCAUCAAUUUGUGAUAGAGCGGUUUUCACUUGACUGUCGAAAGUAAUUGAGGAAUUGGUUUGGUUUUGGUUUUACUACGCCCUUUGGUUGGCUAGUGUAUUUACUUUGGUUUUGGUUUUACGACAGUCAAGUGAAAACCGCUCUAAUAUGACUGAAAGCUGUCAGUACCAUUAUUGAUAGUGAAAGUGUUUAAAAAUAGUCAUCGUCGAAUGAGGAUCAGUAUGAUGUCCAUGUAUUUACUGUUUGAAACAUUUUUACACUUCAAUCACACUAAAAUGUACAUGCAUGUGCGUGGUUUUAAAUCUUGCAGAAUUAUACGAUGAAGAGAAAGAUACGAAUCUUGUGAGGGAGAAUGAUGGUGAAAUGUGAGUAAUUAAUAAAGGCUGUAGGCUGCUUUGCAAAAAGAAGUCAAACAUGACUAAAAUAAGUAUUCAAAUAUUGUUGUUUGACCAAUACAUAACUAAAAACAAGCUAUUGUACUUAAGAUGGAUCUGCAUGGUGGUAAAAAAAUGAGAACUACAAUGUGCUUAACAAAUUAUUGUAAAAAGAAAAACAGUCAGAAGAAAACACAAAGCCAAAAGGAAAAGAUUAGAAAUAGUUCGUGGAAUUAAAAAAAUUAUUCGAAAUAAAAUCAUUUCAUUUCAAUUAAAACAAUUUGUUUUAUUUUUUGAAAAAAAAACUAUUUUCAAGGGUAAACACAUUUUUACUAAGGAAAUUACAAAGAAAGAAGAAAGUAAAAUAGCGUUGACUUCUUAACUAAUAUUUGCCUUUCCUUUUUCAAUAUUUAAGUCAAUGUCUGACAAUUCUAACUUGACUCCACUAGAAACUUGCAAACCCCUAAAGCAAAGUAAUACCGAAUUCAGGAGCACAAAUGAUAAUAAUAAUAAUAAAUAAUAAAUAAUCAUCAUCAUAAUCAUAAUUGUUAUGAUAUAUUACUAACAUUAUUUUGUAAGUAUGCCAGAGUGUUGUGUUGCAUUCUGCAAGUCUCUUUCCAAGAAGCAGCGUGUUUUCUUCUUUGUUUAUAAAUUUUCCCUUCCUCCUCUCCCUCAAGGGACAUCAGUUUAAUAAUUCCGAUUAAACUUCUUUUGGCCCUAAUAUGCUACUCAUGUUAUAAGUAAUAACAAUUCCCAAUGGCCAGCCCUGUUUUUCAAGUUUAUCCUUUAUUUUCAUCAAACUAAAACUUUGUUUAGUAUAAAGGGUAUAAUUUUACAAGAGACCAUUAAAUUUGCCACUUGCAGGGUGGAAGCCAUGGAAUCAAUUUAUGCAAAGGGACAAUCAAAACGAAUCUGGAAUGAGUUGUAUAAGGUGAAAAUAAUUUUUAUUGCCAGUGAUCAUUAUCAUUAUUUUUUCACUCUUUAGUUUUCAGGAGUACCUUAAACAUGUAUAUGAGAGACUCUAUGACUUAAAUUGAAAACUUUUUAUGUAGGUUUAAUAAUUUCUCAUUUUUUCAUUGAUUUCAGGUCGUUGAUUCCUCCGAUGUUGUCAUUCAGGUAUUGAAUUAGGAUUCUAGGUUCAUGCAAUGUGCACAUACUAAAAAUAUAGAGUAUGUACAGGGUGUAUAAAAGUCAAGAAUCAUUUUAUGGACACCCCAGUCUCUAUUUCAGGCUGCAUGAUAGAGACUCAAGUGUCUCUUUUGUGUGCAUUGUUCUUUCUUGUGCCCAAAUUACUUUCAUGCACCCACUAUUCAGGCUAUUACAGACAGUUCUCUUGGCUCCUAAGAUGCCUGACAGACAACUACCUAUAGCCUCUAACCUAAUUUAUAUAUAACAUGGAUAGACAUGCCUCAGUCUGUAAUGUGGACCCUUGGGCCUAUCUAUUAAUUUGUUGUGCUUUUUAAAAAAAUUGUACUGUAGUUUACUCUCAGUUCUUUUGUUCAUUCAGUGGUAAAAAUCAAAUUUAGAGUGGGUUUGUUAACAGGGGAGAGGCAGUUUUUAAAAUGGUAGUUGUCAACAGUACAUUAAUGGGGAGCUUAAGCAAGGACGACAACGACGACGUCAGUGAAAACGUCGGUAAAAAAAAUGAAUUUGCGUUCCUUCAAUUUUAAUCGCGUCUAUUUGGACCCACUCAAUAUGUCAAAUACAGGUGACUUUUUUUGGAGGUGAAUUCUUAAGGAUUUUAUUCAGGUUCAGAAAGAGGAAGGAAAAUUCGUCGUUGUAUGUCCACGUCCUCCAUAAAAUGUCAAAUUAGGAGGUUUCAUGACACAGUCGUGCAGUGGGUGACAACGGUGCAAAGGAAGUCAGUUUUACAGCUUGUCAUUUGGGCAAGCUGUAAAUGCACAUGUACUAGCUCAAAAGUCAUUUCAACUAGCCUGAUAAAAGAGAUUUUGAUGAGCAUUGAUAACAGUUCCUCACUGUAAUUUGAAUUCCGCGAAAAACUUCACUUGCCUACCAGGCAAGUUAAAUACCACUUAUUAACCCGAAAGUGAGGUCAUUAUAGGGAAACCUCAGACCUCACUUUCGCUUAAUGGACGAGGUUAAUAAGUUAUUUCUUAUAUGGACUUUCAGCACUGUUUAGAUAAAACACCGGCAAAAUAGCCAAAUCCAUUAGCCUUGGGCUAUCGGCACUACUUUCUUUGCCAUUGCUGAUUACAUGUACCUUGUCAUGGGAACUUGUCUUUUUCUUUUCUUCCCACACCUUUUUCCUCUUAUCUACACGUUCUGUAUUACAGGUACCAUUAUUUUCGAAGUAAUAUUAGGCGGUGUGAACACAAAGUAGAAAUCUUUUCAAUCAGUGAAUGUCUUUUUGUCUUUUACUGCAAUACGGUUUAAAAACACCUUUUAGUUCCUUAACACUUGUUUAUUAUUAAUAUUUUAUUUAUUUGCUUCUUUUUGUUCAGGUAUUGGACGCACGUGACCCGAUGGGGACGCGCUCCAGUCAUAUUGAAUCUUUUAUGAAGAAAGAGAAACAACACAAACAUUUGAUAUUUGUUCUCAACAAAUGUGACCUUGUGCCGACAUGGGUGACGGUAAGAAAGAGAUUUUUAUAAGAUUAUCUGAUAUUUGUAUUUUUUCUAUUCCUGGACUAGAAUCCUAAUGGGACAAUUAAGGUGAAAGUAAAAUCACUGAUCGUAGGCGGGAAAAAAGUAUGAAAGCCGCCAAAACAGUCUAUGAAGGCUUCGUAUUUUACUUCUGAUUGGCUGAAUGUUAAAGAACGUUCUUUGAGAUUUUUAGCCAAUCACAAUGCCUAGAAAUGCAGCACCAAAAGAACUUUGCCCUUAAAUAAGCGUUUAACCGCCGCACGCGGCGGACUAAUGUUAUAAUGGGUGUCUUUCUUUUCGUUUGUCUUUAUAGCAAAGAUGGGUGACAGUUUUGUCUGCAGAAUAUCCAACUCUGGCCUUUCAUGCAAGUGUAACAAACCCAUUUGGCAAAGGAGCUUUAAUAAACCUUCUCAGGCAAUUUGCCAAGGUUUGCCACUUUUAUUGUCGCAUAAUGAAAAGUAGGAAACUUAAAAAGUAUCUUGGGCCAAGGCCAUACGUCGUACUUUUCAUGAGACGAACCAAACUUAGUGAGUUAAGUUUAUUAAAGGUUCGACUUCAGGCUCAGUUAAGUUCGUCUGAAUGAGUUAGGAUCGUCCAGCACGUUCUCUCCGUCUGCUUCAGAUGGAUAGAACGACUGAAGAUCGUCUGGGACAAUCGUUGAUCUUUUAUACACACGGCGAAUUAAACUAGUAAAUUAAAAACUAGUAUGAAAUGUACAUUUAGCCUCCUUCGGGAGAAAAUUAUUUAUAAGUUAAUUGGUUUGACGUGUCCUAAGUUAGACGUCUGACCCAACAGACGAUCUUAACUGAAUUUAGGUCGACCCAAAUUAGAGCUUUGCUUGUCUCAUGAAAAGUUCGACGUUUUGCUAGGCCUUAGUGUACUGUGAUGUAUUUAGUGUGCAGUUUUUUUUCUCGUUUGCUCUUAUUCUAAUACAUGUAUAAGUAAUGGUAACAGGACUGAGUGGAGUCCAAUUCGGUCUGUAAUCAUACGAGUGAUUAACAAAAUCGGACGACCGCGUAGCGGGAGUCCGAUUUGUUUAAUCACGAGUAUGAUUACAGACCGAAUUGGACGACACAAAGUUCUGUUACCAAUUAAUCAUAACUUUAACAAAAUUUGUGAUAUAUAGGGCUCUUUUUAAAUCAAAACACAAGAAAUUCCACGAUUUUUUCGCUAGCAAUGAAAACAAAAAAGCCAUUUAAGCGCGCGCGUGAUGGCGCGUAUUGUCCAAUUACUUAGGCAUGACGCGUACUGUCCUAUUAAACUGUCCUAUUAAGGCUGAAAUCAGGGCAGUUGAGAACCAAUCAGAUUUGACAAUUUUGUUAUAGUUAUGAUUAAAUAAAAUAUCAGCAUACAGCUGUAGUGAUUGUCACCCUGUCAUUUCAAGUCUUAUUCCAUUUUUAAACUUUUUUUUUCACACAGCUUCAUUCCGACAAGAAACAAAUAAGGUUGGUUCUUACUUUUAAUAAUUCUGUUGUUGAAAUUGUCACUGAAAGAAACAGUAACUUAUUAAGUGUUCUUAGGCUUACCCCUUUCAUUAGACGAGAGCAGUGUGUUAUUUUUCUUUUGAGUCACGGUAGAUGCGAGCACGAUUGUUGGAGGAGAGGGGCGAGCGGCGAAGCCCGACCGAACUAAUUUGAUCAGUGUGGCUAAAUGUAUUUGAGGCAAAAUUAACCUUGAUCCAAUCCUGGUCGGUAUUUUUUCCCAACGAUGCUUGCGGUGGCACAAUAGGGAGCUUUAGCAUCGACGACGGCAACGGCAGCGAAAACGUCAGUUUUAAAAUGAAUUCCCGUUUUUUCAAUCUUUGUCGCGUUUAUUCCAAUUUGCUGAAAAUGGCAAGUGUAGGCGAAUUUCUCUGGAGUUGAUUUCUUGAGGACCGCACUCAAGUUUAGGGGGAGAAAAAGAGAUUCGUCGUCGCUUGUUUACGUCCUCUAUAAAACUUGCAAUUAGGCAUUUUCACGUGGUAGCCGUGCAAGGACGGUAAAGAAAUGUACAAAAAAGCGUUAUGAACGUGCAAAGUUGCUGUUUUGCGUAAUAAACCUAUUGCAUUUUUGACGUCCUCGUUGCCGUCGCCGUCGUCGUUGCUAAAGCUCCCUAAUGCUUUUAACAGGAGCACGUCGUUACUUGAAUACACAGUUGCUUGUUUGCAGUUUUUCGCAAAGUUUUUUGCUAUAGCCUUGUUGCUUGCUUGGCAUUUUUGUUCUGUGUUUUUUCCCAACCCUCCCUUCCUCUUUAACUCAGGGCAAGGUAAGUAUUGGUUGGUACUUUCGUAAGUAUUUGACGGUGCCUGGUGGGGGCUGCUCACGGGAGCAUUGACCAGCUUCACCAACUUGAUAGGCACCAGCGCCUAAACUCAUCUAUUGGUGAUGAAUUGAAUAUAAUUUUACCAUUUCCCCGCCGCUCGUGGCUUUGAGGAAAGAAGGGCGACCGCUCGCGGUCUAUCCUUUUAUGCCUUUUUCACCCUCAAUAUUGGCCUUCGUUGAUUUCCUUUUCAGUGUUGGUGUUAUUGGCUAUCCCAAUAUGGGCCUUCGUUGAUUUCCUUUUCAGUGUUGGUGUUAUUGGUUAUCCCAAUAUUGGCCUUCGUUAAUUUCCUUUUCAGUGUUGGUGUUAUUGGUUAUCCCAAUGUUGGCAAGAGUUCAAUUAUUAAUACCCUGAGAGCUAAAAAGGUCUGCAAUGUUGCACCCAUCGCUGGAGAAACAAAGGUAAGUUAGAAAACACAGUCAAAAUUAAUAUCAUAUCCCCUAAAACCGCUAAUAGAGUCCUUUAGAAAACUUAAGGUUAUAUCCUGUCCUCUUCCUCGAAUCUGAAUUGAUUUUAAAUACAACGAAAAUACACGGCUUGACCUUCUGUGAGGCGCUGAGCAGAUAAAGCGAAAAUAGAAGACUUCUGAACUAAUACAAAAGCUAUCAAAUAUUUUGAUUUAGACCUUUCACUGCCAAAGAUGGCGAAAGUCGAAAUUGAACAAAAUUUUCUGAAUUACAUUUUGUAAAAUGCUGAAAAGCAAAUGGUAACAAGUGAUAGGGCUGUCAAAGAAUUUUCAGUUGAAUGAUCAUUUUAGGGGUACAUUUUUUGCUCAUUCCUAAAAUUCUAAUUCUUGUUUACUUCUGAUCAAAACGGGGACUUGGAACGAGCGCGGGCUCAUUUCGCGAACAGCGCCUGGUGAUCGAGCCAAAUUCUGUCUGUCGAAGCAGAUCCCAGUUUAGGUAUCACGUCAUAGCUUAAGUUUUGACUGUAGUUGAAUUGCCUCAGUGACCUUUUUCUCGGUAUUUUAUGCUCAAUUCAGGUGUGGCAGUAUGUUACUUUAAUGAGACGAAUAUAUUUAAUUGAUUGUCCUGGAGUUGUUUAUCCGAGUGGAGAUUCGGAGACCGAUAUCAUACUCAAAGGCGUGGUGAGUCUUUCUUAUAAUUGCUUUGUCUUAGCAGCGCUUAAGCAACCACGACGUCAACGGUAAAGGAAGCAAAAAUAAGAUUUAAUAAGUACAACAACAAUGCAUAUCAAACUCUUUUCGACUCUUCCGUCACAACACGACUACGAGGUGAAGUUUUCUCCUUGGUAUUUUAUGGAGUUCGUUACCACACAGUGCCAAUUUUUAAACGUAAAUGCGUUUCGUAAGUAUUCUCUUCCCUGUAUUUCAUAGAGAGCUUAAGCAUACGACGACGGUGACGGCAACGAGAAAGGCCAAAAAAAAAAAACAUUAGGUUUAGAUUGGCAAAAUAACUACUUUGCACGUGAUCACGCUUUUGUUUACAUUUCUUUGUCGUCGUUGCACGACUACAACGUGAAAGUGCCUAAUUUCACGUUUUGUCGACGACAGGAACACAAAGCAACAAUUUUCUUUUUCUUUUCUUGAACUUAGGUACAAUCCUUUAGAAUUUAACUCCAAAGAAAUUUGCCAACAUUUGACAAAUUAACUUCGAGAUGGAAUAAGGGCAUAAAGUUUGAGACAGCGCGACUUCAUUUUUUAAGAGACGUUUUCGUAGCCUCGGCGUCUUUGUUGCUUAAGCUCCCUAAUAAAUCGAGGUAAGAGGGAGCGGAAUAAUUGCUAAAAAGUUUUUAACACUGAAGGCCGCAUUUUUGCUGCCGUCACCUUCGUAGUAGCUCAACCCCCCCUAUUUACUCAUGGCGUUUUUUCCCUUUGAAACUUAUCGUUGCUGCAUGAGAGUUUCUUACUAGGGUAACAUAUUUUUCUAUCUUAACGAGCAGCAUUAACUUAAAAAAACUCUGCAGUAAGUCUCAACUUAUAUCGAAUGGACCUUGUCUUGGUUUUGUUCUUGUACCUAUCUGAUUCGUUGAAAAUUGAUUCGGAAAUGAAGACGAGAAUUUGCCUCAAAUUCUGUUACCUGAAUUUGUCAGAUCAACCAAAAAGAAACUUAUUCAAAAUGACUAACAUUGUACUUUUCUCUGUUUAAAUGCCACGAAAGCGAAGUGCACGUCAUCUCGCAGAUGACAGCACUAAAAAACCUCCAACUGUCAGUGAAGCACGCGCAUGGUAGCUAUGCGGCACGCGCUAUUCCUUACUUUCCGGAACAGUAUGUUUUUCAUAAUUGGUGCUUUUUGCGAGAUUUUAUUCAGGAUUUUACUUUUCAUAUGAUACCAGAGUAAUGUCAAAGGUUGUAGUAUAAGAAGAAGGUGAAUUUGUUUGCACACACACUGGGAAGGAUUUAUGCGCGUGCUUCCAUUCAAAGCAAUCGUGGAGUCUUUCUGACGCCAUUUCGAAUGAAAUGACGAAACAAAGGAAAACAAUUUCAUCCAUUUCAGACAGAGAUCCAAAACAUGGCGUACGACAGGUCCGAGUGGGAAUUGAGUGAAUUUGGUAAUCUUAUCGAAACAGAAAAUGAGAAAUACGGAGAAAUUGUACAGAUCGCAGAGCGAAGGCGCACAGCAGAAAAAUAUGUCAAAAUCAGAAAAAUUCGUCAAGAAAUGACAUGGGGCGUUCGAGUCACAAAGACGCUCUAUAUCUUCUAUUAUGGACCUUACGUCGCUUACAAGGAAUCUAUCCUGGCAGAGUUGGUGCCACCUUUUCAAUUCUAUCUGCGAGAUGCAAAGUUUUAUACCACAUACACAGGCACUCCCUUUCGUCUCCCUGAGGGGUACAAGUUUAAAUUCUAUGAGAAUGCGGUAGAGUGCUGGCAUCACAAUGCCAUUCUUUCCAACAAGAAGCAGCUGAAGAUUCUUGUGAGGUACAACUUUGAGAAAUUUGUCAGAGCGCUUGAGACAAUCGGCGAACCCACAGCGGCGAAAAUACAGUACGACUAUGACACCUGCGUGUCCAGUAUUUCGCCAUUCAGCGAAAGUGAUGAAGAAAGCGAGGCAGAUGACGAAGAUGAUCGUAGUGAGGGAGAAGAACAAGACCAUUCUAUCAAUAAGAUCUUCCCAUUCAGUUUCAGUGGUGAUGAAGAAAACGAAUCCGAUGACGAAGAUGAUCGCGGUGAGGGAGAAGAACAAGACCAUUCUAUCAAUAAGAUCUUCCCAUUCAGUUUCAGUGGUGAUGAAGAAAGCGAAUCCCCUGACGAAGACGAUCGCAGUGAGAGAGGAGAACAUGACCAUUCUAUCAAUAAGAUCUUCCCAUUCAGUUUCAGUGGUGAUGAAGAAAGCGAGUCCGAUUCGAAAUCAGAUUGCAGUGAUGAACGUAACUUUAAUGCUGCAUUACAUCAGGAGGUUGAGACUGAUGAGGAAGAAGAACAUGACCAGUCUGAUGAUGAACUACCGAGGUUGAUCACCUUAAUCAGCGAAAGUGACGAUGAAUCAGAUGACGAAGAUGAGGACAGUGAGGAAGGAAAACAAGACCAUUCUAUCGAUGAGAUCUCUUCAUUGAGUGAAAGUGAUUAUGAGGAAAGCGAAUCCGAUUCGAAAUCAGAUUGCAGUGAUGAAAGCACAUCGAAAGCUCAAUUGGAUCAGGAGGAUGAGCCCGAUGAGGAAGAAGCACAUGACCAGUCUGAUGAUGAUUUACCGAUUUUGAUCACCUCAUUCAGCGAAAGUGACGAUGAGGAUAGCAAAUCUUCUGACUACGACACCUGCGUGUCCAGUAUCUCCCAAUUCAGCGAAGAUGACGAUGAAGAAAGUGAAUCUUACAAUGAAUCAGAUGACGAAGAUGAGCAGAGUGAGGGAGGAAAACAAGACCAUUCUAGCGAUGAGAUCUCUUCGUUCAGUGAAAAUGAUUAUGAAGAAAAAGAAUCCGAUUCGAAAUCAGAUUGUAGUGAUCAAAGUACAUCUUGUGCGAAAUUUGGUCACGAGGAUGAGCCUGAUGAGGAAGAAGAACAUGAACAGUGUGAUGAUGAUCUCCCGAUGAUCAUCACCCCAUUGAGCGAAAGUGACGAUGAAGAAAGUGUAUCUUAUAGUGGAUCAGAUGGCGAAGAUGAGCAGAGUGAAAGAGAAGAACAAGACCAUCAUUCCGAUGAGAUCACCGAGGACGAAGAGGAAAUGUGCUUUGCGAAAGAGGAAGUUGAUGAUAAGAAAGUUGAUUCAGAGGAUGUUCCUAACUUGCAGUUGCUUCAUUGUAGAGAAGAGGUCAGUGAAAAAUGUGAUCCAGAAGAAUUGGAUUUGGGUAUUCUGUUCGGUGCGGAAGAUCAUGACCACAAUUUGGAUUUAGAGAAAGUGGGUAGCUUAAGUUCGGUGGUGGAAAAGGUAGAGAAAGAUGAAAGCAACAAAGAUCAGUUCAAUGAAGUAGAGGCACAAGGACCUCCCAAACUAAACCAGCAACAACAACAACACUGCAGCGAGCACGUGGUCGAACACCGACCCAUCAAGAAGACGAAAAAGAGAAAGAACAUUCUCAUGGGAUGGGUAUGUUCAAAGAUUCUCAAAGUUUUUGUCAAAAGCAAAGUGCUUUUGUAGUUCUAUAGUUUUGUUGAAUUUAUCCUUCUUUAUUUUGCUUUGAAAUAUCCCUCUCUAACUAGUUAUUAUCGAUCUCUUAAUCAUCCUUAAGCAUCUGUGGGAAAAUCGCUUUUUUUUUUUGAUGGAUUUGUGAUAGACAAGUUUUUUUUUUAUUUUAUAAUAAUCAAUUCUAGAUCUGUUCUAUUUAUCCUUAACUUUCCAUUUCAAGAAUCCCUCUCUUUCAUCCAUAUUUAAUCCUAAAAUCCGGCGGUCUUUUUAAAUUGUUUUUGAUACUUUGAAUUUACCCCCUUUUAUUUGAUAACACAUGUGGUUCUUACGGAAUAUUACUUGUAGUAUCCGUUAUAUGUUUUUUAUCGUGAAUAUAUCCCUUUCCUUUUUUUCUUAGAAUACAAACCUUUUAGACGUAUUAUUUAGGGGUUGACCAUUUGAAUUUGACUAUUGAGGAGGCAGGGUUAUGGGUGAUUUGGUUUGGGUAACGAUUUUUUUUUCCCAAACCUCUGGAUAUAGAAUUUUCUUCCUCAUCAUAUUACCGGUGUAUGAUUUUUUUUUCCAUGCAUUAUAGGCCAUCAGAGACAUUUUUUUCAGUGCAGGAUAUUUUUUCCCUUGGCAUUUCCAUGGCAUUUCCCUUGGCAUUUUCCAUUUUUUCGAAAAUCACCCUUAGCCCCCCUUCACAGAAGUCAAAUGGUCGGCCCCUUAAGAUUGUUUGUAAACUCAGGUUCCAUCCUUUUUUUGCCCUUAUCAAUGCGUUCAGAUACAUCGUGAUAUAUACUUAUUCUUUAAAAUACCCAAACUUCUAUCACUGGGAAUUUCACUUAAGUGUUCAAUCGCUUAGAAUGAAAUUCUAACGAAACGACCCGUUUCUUAACUUAAAACUGAUCUUGCUUGCAUCUUCAAUAUUGAAUGUUUGUUGCAGUUUUUUUAAAUUUUCUUUUUACUUUUUUGAUUUACGGGUUUCGAAUCCAAAGUAUUCAAAAGAUCGCAUUUCAAUCGAUAUCGUUGUGCUUCAGUUGAGGGGCUGGGAGGGGCUUAAGCACCUUGGCCUGCAGAAGGUUGGGGUGGGGUCGGAGCCGUGAAAAUAGUGGACCAACUGUGACCUUGGUGAAGACAACCAGUGGGUUUUCGUUUUCUUUUGUUUUGUAGACCCCCUUUACUAAUUAAUCUGUUCGCAGCAUUUAACGAAUCUGAAAAUGGACACGAAACCGUAAGAAACCUUUAGAUUCGAAGACGACUGCGAGGACGCGAUUUCAUUUUACGUUUUUUCGCGUAUUCUCAAAAAAUUUACAGCCCAGGAAGCUUCACUGUACAUUUUUUUUCCCCUGAAAAGGAAGCACAGUUAUAUUAAUUGAAGGAGGCUAAGUCCUCUUCUGAUUGCAAAAUUAUAAAACUGCGAAUUCUAACACUUGAUAACUUCUUUGUGUCAGUACGACAUUCUCGCUAAAACCGGAAGUAGGUUAACGGCGGCUACCACGUUUCCCCGCCAAAAUGACAUGUGUUUCUAAGCACGCAUUACUCAGAUUAGUACUACUAAUCUAAGUAAUGCGUGCUUAAAACACAUCUGAAAAUUUGAUCCUCGUGGCCUUCCUUGUCGGAAUCACAAGGUCCCUUUUAAAAACUGGUUGAGCGAGAAGGUUUUCUUUAGCCACAGGGCACCCACGUUUGUUUCUAAUUACUUACUUUAACCCUGGAUGCGGCUGUAACGACACCGUAAAUCUCUCCACGUGGAGCAAAACCGACUGAAAGUCAUCUUAAAUACUCGGAGACAAAUGUAUUUGAACGGCAGGGAUUUAUAAUUUGAAGCAAUGAGAUGUCACAGUGGAGGCAGCUAACGGCGACCACUUUCAAACAGUCGGCAUCCUUUCACGGCGUUCGAUUGUUCGGGCAGAACCCGAAGACAGCUUCCAGGAGGCCAAUCCAAGUUCACUUGUAGCACGGCGCCGGUCUUCUUGAAGCUGUUGAUACCUUUCUAUCUACGGGUAUCUAUUGCUACUCUAAUCUGUUUGUGGAUACCUAACGAUAAUAUUUUAUACAUACGUAUAUCAAAAUAUAGAUAUCUUUCGUACACGGCAGGGGUCUUUUGCAGAGCACCGAAUGCAGAGCGUCGAAUGACUCUAAAGUUUGGUGAAUAGGGUAAGGAAACUGAGUGAAUUUAGUUUCAGGUCUGCUUUCUCAGUUUAAUGGCCCUAAAUGGAACCUGAUUCACUCAAGUUCCUAACCCCAAUCAGUAAAUUCGGAGUCAUUCGGCGUUCUGCAAAAUACCCCUGCCGUUCCGAUGGUGGAUAUUCAAUGAUAUCCAACCUAGACAUGUAACAGUUAUUCACUGAGGCGUCAUCGCCAACGCUAUGGUGAAUAGUUGCUUACCUAUAUACAAAACCAGUGAAUAGCCAGCUUGUAGCCGAACCGAGAUUUUUUCCUUUAAACAGAAAAAAAUCUUCCAGGAGUGCUCGUUGCGAGGUGAAUGGAAAUGCUGUCCACCUUUGCUCACUAGCCGAGCAGAGUAAGAAAAAAGCUAUCCACUGAUAUUUGAUAUUUACAGCAAUAACCAUGAGUGAUUUUCCUUUUCAUGGAUAUUUGUGUAUAAUUUUAUUAAGAGAUAUCUAUAAUCAUCUAUAGAUAUGUGAAUAUCAAUAGAUAUCCGUGGAUAUCUUUAGAUAUCUGUUGAUUUCAUUUUUACCUAUUUGAUAUUUGUAGGUAUGUUGACAUCAGUAGCUAUCUGCAGAUAAUCAUACUUCUAGGUGUCUCGAUUACAUUUUUGGUCGAUAUUUUCGCAUCCACGGAAAGGAAAGGGACCUAUCCUAGAGAUAUGUUUUCUACUAAAUAUUUCUCUGUCUCUUCAGGGAUCUCUAUGUCGUUAUUAACGACGGAUCAUGUUUUAGAGCUUUCAUUGGACGAAUAUAGUCACGUGGUACACUUAGGAUGGUAGACACCCUUUGCUGUUCUGGACACCCCUCUAAUUCUGAAAUCUAUUUCUAUUAUGCUAAAAGGAAUCUCUCUCUCUAUCCUUAUGCCUCUGUUCAACAGUAAACUUUUACUUUUUCAAGUACCACAGAAAGCUUAAGAUAGUUCAGAUUUUUAACUCUGACCACAACUUGUCUUCCCGGAUUUCUAACAAAUUAACACUUACAGCUUUUCUAGAAAUCGCUCCAUAAGCCAGCUGCUAUUUUUUGACGAUAUGUUCAUCUUUUUUUCUUCCUCUGAUCUAGCAACUAUAUACAUCAACAUCCUUUUUAAUGUCAAUUAAAACCUCUCAUUGAUCUUCAAUUGAUUUCCAUCGUACGAUAUUUAUCUCCUUAACAGCCUUCUUCUGAUUGAUGAUGUAUAGGCCACUGCAACUCUUUUUGUAUAUAGGUAAACGUUUUUCUAAAGAGUCCUACCCUUUCUUACGGUCUUAUUGUCAAUCUACUCUUCUUAGCCUGCGUCGAAAGCACUCUAAACCGCCUGUGUGUACAAAUGGUCUUAUAGAGAAUGCGUCAUUGUCGUUGUAGCUGUACCUUUUUCAAACGCCUGUGGUCGUUAUUCUGUGCUUAUCGUUUUUUAAAGCAGGUAUUCUAUUAUUUCCUAUCCUAUCCUAUAGUCAUCCAGUCAUGUACGUUUCUUUAAGUGAAUAUCUCCCGAUAUCCCUCUGUUCACAGCUUUCACCACUGAUAUCUGUCUCACUUAAGAUGUGUUCCUACUCCUUCCUUUGAAGAAUAUCUUUCCCUCACUCGAUAUCAGAGGUAUCCAUCUGUUUAUUUAUAUCUUAUGAUUUCCCUAUAUCAACAAAUUUCUAUCGAAAACUCUUUUUGAACGAAUAACUCUUGAAAGCUUUCUUUAGCCAUUUAUUUAUAGAUGUACAUCGAUAUUCUUUUCUGAAAUUUAUAUCUUUUGAGAUAACUUCAAUUCACCUGCGUCAUUAAGUGUAUAUGUUGUGGUUCAAUUCAGUGCUUGGUUUAAUUUUCCCUUUGUCUUACCUUUAAGUAGAAGAAAGAUUGGACCAAGUUGAAAUUCGUACUACAACGAUUCUUUAUGCCAUCUGUGGAUAUCCAUUGAUAUAUUGCCAUCAACGGACAUCCAUCGAUAUAUUUUAAGUACGGAUUACUAUCGGUGUCUGCCAAUAGUAACUUAUGUACUUUCGGUUUAUCUGUUGCAGGUCAAAAUUAUAUUUAGGUUAAAUUUUUUUAACCUAGCUAGGUUGAUUCUUAAUUUCCAUUGUCUCCUAGCCCUAAUUCGUGGACAGUUAGGGUAAGAACCAAUGAAAAUUGAGAGUCAACCUAGGUUGAAACAUUUUUAACCUGAAUGUAAGUUUGACCCGUAUCAUAUCUAUCGGUGUCAAUUAAUUAAUAAACAUAUAUCUUCAUUUUUCUACCACUGGAGCUCUAUUGAUAUCUUGGCCGUCAUUGAUAAGUGUCCAAGUCAAUAGAUUUGCCAGCGAUAGAAGCAUAUCAUUACUUAUUCAUUGAUACCUUAUAACAGAUAUCGGUGAGUACACCAGCAAGAGAUCAUAAUGAUCUCUUGAUACCAGACAUUUUUGGCACGUCACGCAACGGUCCUCCUCAAGGAUUACAUGACGAGCCAAAACAGCGGCCGUCGGUGGCCAUGAGUACACUGAGACACGGAUAGAGAAACUGACAUUGAUAGAUGUGCAUCGAUGUUUACGAUGACUGGCAACCAAAAUUUCAACGCUUCCCAACACUUCCUGGUGAAUGCUACCACUAGUAGAGGUACAGAAUGGUACUUCGAAAAACGUGGGUCCUGUCUCGAUAUCGGAGCGUUUUUUAUGGGUCUCGGCGUCUCGAAGUCUCGCUUUCGGCUGAUUUAUGCGUCUCAAAGUCUCCAUUUUUUUUGCCGACUUGUCUCAAUCUCGGAUUUGUUGUUUUUGUCUGUCCGCUUGGUCUUCAGAAGUCGAAUUUUUUCAGAGUUAAUAGGUAUAUAGGUUAUCCAACUAAUAGAUUAAGAAAGUCUGAAACAAGGCCAUUACCUCGGAAUUUCGGCGCUUAGAGUCUCGGGUUCGGAAUUGUUAAAAAAGCUUAAGUCUCGGUCUUGAAAUUUGGAAACCAGGAUCUCGCAGUCCUGCAAACCCUCGAAGUUACCAUUCUAUACUCCUACUUAUCAACAGCUGAUGCCUUACUUGUUGUAUUAAGCAAAUGCGCCGUUUUUCCUAAACGAAUUUAGGUACAUAUAACUUAGGUUCACAUGCAUUUUCUUGAUACCUUGACUGUGGCAUAAGCUGAUACCGAUCACUUUGCGAAAGGGUUUCUUGGUCGGUCGCUAAUUUCGCAGGCAAAAGAAAGAAAUCCUUUCCAAGUAACGAUUCCCAAACUUACUGAGCAUGCGCAAGGAUUAAGACCAUAUAGUAUGGCUGUGACUGGUUAAAUGGUGCCUGCCUGUCAAUCAGUCUGCAAAACGUGCACGAUUUAACCAAUCACGCCAGGCCAAGUUUUAAUCACCAUGCAUUCUCAAAACGUUUGGGAAUCAUUUUUUUGCCAGGGUUAUAGAGUGAAUUCUUUUAACUCGCGGUAGAUACAGAGUGGUAGCAUUGAUCGUCAAAAGUGCAGUUGUUGAAAUGAGUUGUCAUUCAUCUUAACUGAAGGAAGAUAUCUGUAUGGAUAUCAUUGUGUAG